AUGGCGUCUAAGGGAAGGGAGGGGCAUCUUGAGAGGACGGCGGGGGAGCCGAGGGAUGCGGAUCUUCAUGAAGUGCGGCUGAGUCGGAUUGACCAGUUCAAUGAGAGAGUGAGGCUGUUUCGCCUGGAUCUUGUCGCCGGCCCUAUCAAGUUCUUGCCCGGCCAAUGGCUCGACACGUACAUCCCCGGUGUAUCCAAAGCAGGCGGCUUCACAAUCACGUCCGCCCCCUCAGCCGCCCUCGCAAACACCUCGCCGUAUCUCGAGCUCGCGGUGCAAGAAUCGCCUGAAAACGAGCCCGCGGCUUGGCUGUGGCGUUCGGAGAGAGAGAUUUUGGGGGAGACGCUGCGUGUGAGGGUGGGAGGCAAGUUUGUCUUUCCGCCGGUUGAGGGGGCGCCGAAAAAGGUGGUUUUCGUUGCUGGUGGCGUGGGCGUGAAUCCUCUGGUGAGUAUGUUGAGUUAUAUCGCUGAGGGGGGUGGACAAGGAGUUGGUGAUGUGAGGUUUAUUUAUGCGAGUAAGCUUCCGAGGAGUGGUAAGCUUUCGGAUAUCGUCUUCCUUGAUAGGAUCACGAGUUUGUUUGGGGAGGGUAAGGUUAAGGGCGAGGUGAAGCUGUUUGUGACGGCAGCGGGAAAUGCGAUAUCUCAGGAGACGACGUCUAUCAACGGAGCUCAGGUCGAAGUGCGGCCUCGACGGCUUACGAUGGCGGAUGUCGAGGCGGCGAUUGGGGAUCGUCUGGAUCAAGGGACGGUGGUGUAUGUCUGCGGACCGCCGACGAUGACGGAUGAGCUUGUUGAGAAGCUUGCGGUUAUCGUGGAUCCCCAGCGGGUUUUGACGGAGAGAUGGUGGUGA